CCGCGUGCUCAAAUUCAAAAGAGGCAAAAGCCCGUGGGGCGGUGCCGGCAGAGACGUCGAGGUUGGGUCGAGGGGUCGCGGCUGCGCUCACUACCCCACCCGGUCGGUCCCAGGUGUGCUGCUUUCCCGGGACGCGGCGGAGGCUGGAAGAGCCUGCGGUGGACGCCGAUGGCUGCGGAGCCCUGGUUCGCUGGGUCACUGGCCCUGGGCCCUGGAGAAGCACUGCCUUCGGACGAAUUGGGACCCGGGCCGCCGCCCUAUGGAGACCCCUCGUGGUCGCCCGCCAGGAGACCGGAGGCCUCAGUGGAGCAGGAACCUCAGCGGGCACAGCAACUGAUGGAAGCCCCAACCUCCACGUCCUCCCGGGAACCACUGGCAGCGGAGCUGGGGCCGACCCAGGCUCGACUCCCACUGGACUCCAUGUUCAGCCCCAUCACUGACCAGCUCCGUUACCUGCUCAGGAAGGCGGAUGACUUUCAAAGCUACUUGCUCUACAGGGACCGAGUUCAGAAGGAACAGCUAGCCAAGGCCAUGCCCACCUUCCUAACAAUGUGUGAGCCUUACUUCCUGUACCUCGAGGCUGCUGCAAGGAGUGUCCCUCCCAUCUAUGGAGCCCUGCAGGAGUUGGUCCGGAAGGGGCUGUUGGAGAUCUCCCAGCAGUUAACUCUGCGCUUGGAACAGUUAGUUCUCAUGUAUGCCUCCUUUGGGUUCGUGGACCUGGAGGAAACUAACCCUUUGAGUAUCUCCUGCUUCUUCUGCGGGAGGUUCUCCAUUAGCCCCGCCCACGACGUGUCCAUCUUCCGAUACUGCACCCCAGCUGCGUACACUGCCAGCCACUUCCCGAGAUACCUCUACAAGAAGAUGCGCUGGAACCUGGAAACCACCACAGAGGCCAGCAGCCAAGGACCAGACUCCCAUGUGGAUUACUACUUCUUAUGUUAUCGAGAUACAUGGGAGGAUACAGGCCAGGGUCCAGCCAAUUCGUGCCCCCAAAUCCAGAAACUCUGGUCCAUCGGCCGAUGGAUACCCCUAGCACCAGCAGAGGACGACCUUGACUCGUGGAUUUUAUGCCCGCAGCCACUCGGGGACUACCAGCAGCUACUAACCAUCGGCUUCGAGGAGCCCUCGCAUGUGCUGGCUACCGACCUGCUGGUACAGAUCCUCGUGGGCCAGGUAGGCCCCGCCCAGCCCCCCAGCACUGCCGGGCCCUUGGCUUGGGCUGCCCCAGCAUCCUGAGCCCCAGGAGAAGACGCCAGCCCGGGCUUGAUAGCCCCAAACUCCAAGGCAGGAACAGGGGCGGGCUGCACUGAGUAUGCCCCGGCAUGAGCCACGGAACAGCAAGUGCGGACACACUUUUCUGUUAAUAAAAGAGUGAGGUCAGA